AUGGCAGGGACGUCGCUCUUCCGCGUGGGGGACGUCGUGGAGCUAUGGCGCGUACUGCUGCAUCUGAGCGUGCUGGUGGUGUGUCUGCUGCUCUUCGAGCGCGCCUUGCACCUUCUGGAGCGCCGCGCCGCCGUCUCCGCCAAGUAUGAGCAGCUGCUGAGCAAGGCGUACCGCGAGCUCAUGAUCCUCGGACUCAUCGGCCUCGGCCUCAAGCUGGUGAAGGAGGCGCCCAGUGUAGACGGGGGCAGCGCUACUAUUACAGCCUUCCAGGUGGCCGACCUGACCAUCUUCAUCUUGGCGCUGGCGCUCAUCCUGCAGACCGUCUGCAUCUUCCUGCGCCUGCGGAAACACAACGUUCGAGCUGAUCGCGCCGAGCUGCUCUCCACCGAAGAUCUGGCCGACGCUGUGGUCUCAGCAACAAGCAGCCAAGCACGCGAUGUCCAAGAGUUGGUGCAUUUGCGCCUGCUGCGCCACUUGUUCCUCGCUCGCUUCGAUCUGCCUCAGCUUUUCCCGUUUUCCAAGUACCUUCGGCAGGCGCAAAAUAACCAGAUCACACAUAUGACUGACGUCGGUGCUCCGAUGUGGGCACUGCUGCUCGCUGUGGCCUGGAGCCUGGAGGGUAUCACAGACAUUCUGCAGCACAGCGAGCCAGAUCUACCCAGGCGCCGCAGUCUCGUAAUCGUUCUGGUGGGGUUUGCCUGGGCGCUGCUAACGGUGCAUGUCGCCGUCCUGGUUUACUUUCGAUCCUGUGUUCAGCAACUGCUGAAGGCUGCUGGGAUGGCGGCAGACCCACCGACCCUGGAGAGUCAUCUUAGAGUUAUUGCGCGCGAGGAAGCUCGAGCGUGGACCAAAGAGGACGCUGGGCAAGCGCUUUUGACCAUGCAAAAGAGCAGUCUGGUACCGGAAGCUGUGGCCCGCAUAGAUAUUCGAUGGUUCUCACGAAGGUCCUGGCACUUUAUCGUGAUGCUGUUGCUGAUGCUCAAUGGGUUCUAUUUGGCGCUUGUAGCCCAGUGUGUUGCCUACCAGAUCGGGAUCGUGUAUGAGGACUCGGGGCUAGCAGAGGUGCUGGCUAUCCCACUGCCGCUGGUGCUGAACACCUUGAUACUCCAACCGCCGAUAUUCCGGAACUUGGUGCUCGUUAGCAGCAUUUUCCGCGUGGAUGGCACCACACUAAACGAAGUAGUUAACCAUUUUCGCGAAAUUGUCGAGCUUCGCUCCGAGUUCGCAGCCAGUUUGUGGAAUAGCAUGCAAGCGAAGACGCUCUCGAUUGGCGACCUGCAGACAGAGUUGGAGGCGUGCGAUCCUGGACAUUCUGGUGCCAUUGAUAUCGAAAACAUGCGCUUGGUGCUCCGACGCUGCGGUUUUCACCUUUCCAGCUUCCGCUUCAACAGUCUUGCAAGGUUACUGUUUGAGCUCAACGAAAUGCAAAUCGAGUAUGCCCAGUUGCUGAAGCUGAUUGAGCUGGCGCAAACUGAAAUAUGCGGCACUAGCGCAGGUGUUCACCCCUCGAUGCCGGUUUACCAUCACCCACUGCUUCGACAAAGCGUUCUGGGGGAAGAAGAUGAAGGCACGACGGAAGGUGUCGGGAACUCGUAUUUACCCCCGCACCCUUUACUGGCGUCAAUGCCGGUGGAUUCGUCCAUUUCAAGACGAACAGUGGUCGUGAGUACUCGCUCUAACUCCUUUCUGCCACCGCGACCUCAAUUGGGGCGAAGCGACAGCAAGUUUCAAGGAGUAAGCUCUAGAGCUCUGUGUGACCUCUUCCACAUCGACUGCAAGCUAGAUCCGAACGUGCCCACACCUACAGUUGACUGCAACUUCGCUCACGUCUAG